UCUAAGUUCCUGGAGGCAAACCUUGAAUAGCCGAGUUCUGCCAGAGCUUGGUGACUCAUGGAUUGUUUGAAUUGGAAUUGGUCUGGCCGUGGAUUUGCCUCCAAUCAGUAAGAGGCUACUCGAGUGAGUAGGAACAGAGUUUCAUGGUGGUACGGGUUAGAGCAUUCCUGGAUUGUGGGCGACUGUUCUGCGGAAAGGAUCGCCCAAAAUUCCUCUCCCACCAUGAGUGGAGACGGAGGAAUGGCGGGAUUGGUACUCCUGGUGCUUCUGUGUGGGGAAGUCGCUGCAAAUUCUCACUCACUUCAGUACCUGGCCACUGUUCAGACUGCGACCCACCACCUUCCAGGCUUUGUGAUCAUCGGCUAUGUGGAUGAUGUCCAGUUUUUCAACUACGACAGCACUCGGAAGACAUUGAUCGCCCAGGGGCAGUGGAUGGUGGAAAGUAAGAAGCCCCCAUUCUGGGAGCGAAGUGAAAUUAUGGCACAGCAGAAGGAGAAACAUUUCGAACAUUACAUUCAAAUGCUAGCGGCACGGACCAACCAGUCGGGUGGGAUCCACUGGUUCCAACUAAUGACCGGCUGUCAACUGAGGGAGGAUGGCACCACAGAUGGAUUCUCACGGUUCGGCUGGGAUGGGCAAGAUUACAUGAAAUUUGACAAGGUUCACCAGGACUGGGUCACCACAGUACGAUGGGGAGAAAAGACAAAGAAAUGGUGGGAGGAAAUCAGGGCCUGGAAUAAUCAGCAGUGGACAUAUUACCUGGAGAAGGAGUGUGUACACUGGCUGAACACCUACUUGGACUACGGACAGCAGAUGCUGAGUGUCAGUCCCCCCAUGGUGUCCUUUACCCGACAGGGUGAUUCCAACCGGCUGUCUUGUCUCGUCACUGGGUUUUACCCACAAGCCAUUGAGGUGAAUCUGUGGAGGGACAGAGUCUUGAUCGAUGAGACCCUGUCCACAGGGAUCUUACCCAAUCACGAUUGGACCUACCAGAUCCGGAAAUGGACAGAGUUUGACCCAAAGGAUCAGGCUGAGUAUUCCUGUCGGGUGGAGCACAACGGGCUGGAGGAGAAGUUGAUUUAUGUGCCAGAGUCUGACUCCCAUGUUCUUGUUGCUGUUAUGGUUUCACUUGGCGUCUUCAUGAUCAUCGUUCUCCUUUUAGGGGCUUUCGCCAUCUUUUGCAAGAAAGUGAGAAGGAAGAGUGACUACAUCCGUACACACAUUUCUGAUGAUGGGAUAUCCUCAGCCAGUUCCACAGCCAGUUCCUAAGUGGUCAACCAUAUCUCACUGGGAAUCUUCCGACAUCAUUUCCCAAGAUCAGCGUCUGGAGGGGAGAAGAGACUAAGAUCGGAUUGACUCCUGCUCACUCUCAAAUUCUGGUGCAUUUUGAAAAUCUGAUUCCUGAUUCAUGGCAACAUUAAUAUUUUGUUCACUGACCUGCUAAUGCCUGAGCUGUAUAAUCAAAAUGUGACUUCUAUUCCUGGAUAGUAACCUCACCUCCAACUGGUGACCACUCCCCGACCAGUGACUGUGCAAGUGGCACUACCCUGUCAGUGAUUAGAUUACAUUAGAUUAGAUUACUCACAGUGUGGAUACAGGACUUUCGGUCCAACAAGUCCACACUGACAUGCCGAAGCGCAACCCACCCAUACCCCUACAUUUACUCCUUACCUAACACGACGGGAAAUUUGGCAUGUCCAAUUCUCCUGAGCCGCACAUCUUUGGAAUGUGGGAGGAAACCGGAGCAUCCGGAGGAAACGCACGCAGACACGGGGAGAACAUGCAAACUCUACACAGUCAGUCGCCUGAGGCAGGAACUGAACCCAGGUCUCUGAUGCUGUGAGGCAGCAGUGCUAACCACUGUGUGGUGAUGUGUACAUGUUUGACCCCCUUCACAGACCAUUCACCAAUGGGAUAGCAUUGGACCUCAGAUCUUUGCACUUUCAGUAAUUAGUUAACCUUUACCUUCACUCGUGUUCAUAACAAUUCUUGUCCAGACUGAUUGAACCCAGUAAUUGCCUUACUGUGAUAUAAACUGUCCAACUGCAGGAGAGGACCAGACAGCAGCACCUGUGGAUAAUGGGCCACAAGUUUAAGGCUAAGAUUAGGAGGAAAAUCUGCUCUCUGAGGCUUUGAAAUUCCUACCACAGAGGACUGUGCAAGCAGAGUCCCUGUGUACAUUUAAGGAUAAGAUGAAUCCAUUCAGAUGGAAUCACAGCUGAAAGGGAAGAGGAAAGGGCUCACGAGGAAUGGCAGUUCAACCGUGAUCUGAGUGAAUGGCAGAGCAGGCUGGAGGGGGUGAAUGGCCUACUGCUGAUCCUACUUAUUAAGCUCUUAUAGUCAUGCAUCACAAGCUUAUCUCCCUUCCUCGUAUAAUUGUUGUCUCGGAAUCUCUUGACUUCAGCUGUUCCCUAUGUUCAGGUUGUGAGUGCAAUGCUCUGUCUGACUCUAAAACAGGGAAAUAGCGGUGUACUGUACUCCUGAGUGGAAUUCAAGACUCAAUCAUUCUCUACAGGCCUCUGAGAUUCUACUGACAAUCUUAUCUUUUUGAAUAAAAGCAAAGUACUGUGGAUGUUGGAAAUUUGAAGCACACAGAGUGAACACUGGAGAAACUCGAAUCUGGCAGCAUCUGUGGAAAGAGUGAACAGAGUUCACGUUUCAAGUCCAGUCUGUCUUGAACAAGAAUGAAUUCUUCUGUUUGGCAGUAUAGUCAUGCCUGACUCGAGACGUUAUCUGUGUCUCUCUUUUAUAGAUGUUGCCUGACCUGCUGGGUUUCUCCAGCAUUCUUUGUGUUUGAUUUUUUUUGGUCUCAGAGGGCUGUCUGCUUCAUCUUCCAUUCCUGACAGAUACAUUUUUUUUCGUUUUUCACCACUUGAGGACUGACAAAAUCGAUGGUUUCUCUAUCAUGUUUUGUCAAUAAAGACCUCAGACUGUGUUUGGUUUGUACUGCUGCCUCAUAGAGGCAGAUUCGAUUCCAACCUCGGGCGACUGUGUGGAGUUUGUACAUUCUCCCUGUGUGUGCAGGUUUCCUCUGGGUGCUCCAGUUUCCUCCCAUAGUCCAAAGAUGUGCAGGAUAGGUGAAUGGGCCAUGCUAAAUUGCCCCACAGUGGCUAGGAAUGUGCAGGCUAGGUGGGUUAGGAUAGAAUAGAGGGGUGGGCCUGGGUGAGUUGCUCUUCAGAGGGUUGAUGUGGAAUCAAAGGGCCGAAUGGCCUACUUCUGCACUCAAGAGAUUCUAUGCUCCCCAACAACCACCAACACACCAUGCCACACCGCAUCACACCACAAACGCACCUCAGCUGCUUUACUUUGGGCAGAAUGCAUACAGGAUUUUUCUUAUUAAAAAGUGGAAUAUCUCCAAGAUUUCGCCCGGUGAAAAAUUCUGAACCCAUAUCAGUGAGAAUUCUUGCCGUUCUGACUCCUGGAGACCAGCGUUUGUCUCCAGAUUCUUGGGGGAAAAAUGACUAGGGGAUCAAAGGAAGAGUGUCAGGGACUUCAGGGGUUGGGAAGGUCGGGUUCAGAAGUAGUAGCUGAGUGGUGACCUUCAGCAAGCAUCUUCUAGCCCUUUCCCUCUAGUUCUUGCCAUGUUGCACCCAAAAUGAGGACCCCAACACUGCACUUAAACCUAGCAAACAUGUUGACCUAGCUCUCCAUCUGGGAGGCCAGCCACAACUCUUAGUUGCUGGCAAGACAGUUAACUGAGCUCUUGGGUAAGGCUAUUAAUUGGCCAUUAAUUGAUUGAUGGUGAGUGAAGUCGUCACCCACAGAUAUUGCAACUGAACCUUUAAUCAUCGAGUUGGCGAGAAACUUGUUUCUUGGGUUAAAGUGCACAAGUAUUUGCCCUUCCUGACUCCCUCCUCACUACUCCAAGGGAGUCUGCAAUCAAACAUUAUAAUUUGAGAGUAAGAAUCAAGUAUUCAAAUUGCAGGUUAUUAAACUAAUUUAGAACUGUCCUGAAAGUCAUUUCUCGAGACUGAAACACGUGAAUCAGAUGUCAUGAAAUUGAAGGAGUUUGCAGUCCUUAAAUUAGCUCUCUUUAAAAAGCUAAUGUUGGAUUUUCAAGCUUUUUAACAGAGAUAGCCUGUGCAAUGGAUUUUGGUUUGCACUUUUUCAAAUCAAGGUUUUGUUUCUCCCUCAUAAGUUUGUCUUCCCAUGCAUUUUUCUCUCUCUUAAUAACAGAGCUUCUUCGUAAGCAUGCUGUCUCUGCAGCAUUAUCGGAUCAAACUCCACACAUCUUUUCGGAAGGUUUUGCUUUUUUAGGUUCAAAUGAGCAAGAAGCAUUAAUAACAAUUAGCAAACAGUUUGCAGAGAUUUCAAAAAGCAAGUUGGUGCUUGAAAAAGGACACUAAUAAUCUUUGAGGAAGUAGCAGAACUGUUUACAGGAAACUGUUUAGGUGCAGAGCAGAGGAAAGUUAAGAACAUAAUGUCAAAUUAUCACACGGGUGUGGAUUAGAGAAUAUUACGUAAGUACUUUGUAUUCGUCUUCACACAAAAUAAAGUUCUAACUGUAGCACGACAUCCUUAUACCAUUCCAACCCAUCAUUCAAGGUUAGGACCUGGAACGAAGAAAGCUGACAACAUGUUACUUCAGAGGUUCCCGUCCAGCACCUCAAAUAGUGGUUCCUAUUUUUGAUAUUUCAAUUAUUUGUGUAGAGAAGUCUGCCACACUGGGCAAGCGGAUGUAGUGAGGCAAUGUAACUAAUACCAUUUUCGAUUUCAGACAAUAAGCGGAAGAAGUUUGUGUGCACAAAUUUCUAGAGGUGUCACAAGAAGUGGAGAAUAACUGCUUAAAAAUGAACUACUGUGAGCUUCUGAACUUUAAGAUCUCCAAGAAAAUAUGGAGGGAAAGGCCAUGGCCUAAUGGUAUUAUCACUAGUUAUUAAUCCAGAAACUCAACUAAUGUUCUGGGGACAUGAGGUGCUGCAAAUCCUGCCACGAGAAUUUGAAAUCAAUAAAGCUUUUUGUAAUUUA